AUGGUAGGUCACCUUGUUAAACCUGAUAAUAGAAAUUGCAAGAGACCAAGAGAGUUGGAGCCUCAAAUGCCAGACAGUCCACAACUGUCCUCUCUGGGGAAAUCAGAUUCCUUAUUCUCUGAAAGCUCUGGACUGUUUUAUGAAGAUGAAGCCCUGGAGAAGGAUUUGAAUGAUAUGAACAAAGAAAUUUAUCUAAUCUUGUCUAUAUAUGCAAAGAUCUUAAAUGAAAGAACAGCAGAAGAUGCAUCUGACAUUGAUGAGAUAGAUGAACUCUUCAAAGAAGCCAAUGCUGCUGAGCACUUUCUAAUACAAAAAAGAGAGCUCCUGAGACAGAGGUUUACAGUGAUUGCAAACACACUGCACAGGUAA